AUGAGCUCCAAUAGUACUAUCGGGAAGACCAUCUCUGCAGAAUCUGACAAAACAUCACUGCCAUUCAGUGAACCGAGCAGCAGCCUGAUUUUAUUGUCAACCAAUGUCCCACUUACAGCUACUUCAACAUUAAUACCCCAACAGGGAAGUCUGAGCUCCUUUGCGCCCGUUUCUAGUUCGUUCACAUCCAUAUAUUAUUCUCAAAGUUUGACAACUGACGAGAGUGCGUAUUCAUCCUCCGCUGUAUCUUCAAGUGACAUUAUCGCAUCAACCAUAAUCAGCAGUUCAUCGAGCGAGCAACAUAUCGAAACUUCACAAUAUGACUCAACUACGACUUCAUACUCCAUUAUCACACCCUCAUUGUCCAUUCUUUUAUCAAAAUCGUCCAUCCUGUCAACAAAAUCGACAUCACCAUCAACAACAUCGGUGCCAAUAUCAUUGUCAUCGUCGUAUUCAUCGUCUUCAUCAAAUUCAAACUUCGAAAAGUUUUCGCUCGACAGUAGUUCUUCUACUUCUUCCUCGUUAACACCUACCGCCGUAUCUCCUAGUUACACUUCUUUAUCUUCAAUAUUAACAACUUCUUCUGAAAUUAGUGUCACCUCAAAAGUGCCAUCGAGUUGGUCUACAACGUUUUUGUCACCUUCCACAAUAUCAAAUGAAGAUGCCACAUCCUCAAGUCCUGAUAGGUAUACAUCAAGCCCAAUUGAUACUUCAUUGAUUACAUCAACGGUCGAUUCUUCCAUCACUGGCCAACCUUCGAUGCUCAACAGAUCAGAUUCAUCUUCAACCGUUUCCGCUGAUUCUGAAAGUACGAUUUCCAUGCCAAAAUUAACUUCCACUAAAACAUCCACCAGUUUGUUAUCUUCAAGCAGCCUUUCAUCGUCACCGCUACUAGACAGUACAAAAACCAGCCAUUCAAGCCCUUCUCUGGCUAACAACACGUACUCUCUUAUAUCAAUGGCUUCUACUUCUGGUAGCAGUGUACCAUUUACGACUCAAGAAGUCUCCGCUACUUUAUUUUCUACGUCUUCCAUGCCAACAUCAAGUCCGGCUUACAAUACGGGAGCUCUUUCAAGCUCCGAAGGUUCGAGCACUAUUUAUUAUUUCUAUACCCAAGCAUAUGAUAUCACUGGAUCCACUACAACAUUCGUAACAGGAUUACCUACUACGAUAGCACUUGCAAAAAGUGCAGUUAGCUCCUUUUCUGUUCCGUCUUCAACAAUUACUGCAGAUAUGUCUUUCUAUCAGCAUUGGCUGGACGGAAGCUUGGACAGUAAUCAAAGCCAAGGCACGUCAAAAUCAAAUACUGGAACUAUUGUAGGAAGUGUAGUAGGAAGUGUUGGUGGUGUCCUUAUAAGUGCACUUGUAUUGUGGUUUAUACUGAUCAGAAAAAGAAAAGCAAAGAAAACAUUUAAGGACGCUGAUCUCUUCUACCACGAAAUUGGGCGCAGGACAGGAUUCCCAACAACGGAUCAAGCCAAAGAGGCAUCAAUUCAAGCUCAAGACUCUGGAUCUCAACAAGCAAACGGUGAGAUUGCUUCCACUAAUAAUCCUUUUAGCAACGAAUUUAAUUUCAAAGCAAGAGGUGUUCCCCCAGUACCACCACUAAGGGAUACUGUAGCCACCAAUAAUCCUUCAUAUAAUAUCCAGAACAGUUUCAUGAACUCGGAAAACAGGUUUUCUUAUGGCUCUUCAUUUACAUAUUCGUCCUCGGGUUCAUCUACACAGAAUGGUUUCUCUACUCUGUCUUCAAAUUCGAUACGGCUCGGGCAUGGGUUAGAUAAUAAUGCCUCGAUGGAUGGAGGAUGUUCAGUUGAGAAUAAUUCACAAGGGUUUUUAAGAGAGAUUAUAUGA